AGUGUGUGAAAUAAGGGGGUUAAAGGCUGGUCCCAGGCUGGGGAUGGCUCCCUUCCACUUCUCUCUCAGACACUGAAGAUGGCUUUUCCCUGCCGCAGGUCCCUGAAUCCCAAGACGCUGGCCUGCCUCCUGGUGGGCGUGAGUUUCCUGGCUCUGCAGCAGCGGCUCCUCCCGGCCCCGAGGUCCCCGCAGGAGGAGACGCCACAGGGCCCCGCCGCCGCCCCCGCGGCUGCCGCUCCGCCCUCGGUGCCGGCCCCCGCGCCCCCGUGCCUGGCCAACGCCUCCGCCAACGCCACGGCCGACUUCGAGCAGCUGCCCGCGCGCAUCCAGGACUUCCUGCGGUACCGCCACUGCCGCCGCUUCCCGCUGCUCUGGGACGCCCCGGCCAAGUGCGCAGGCGGCGGCGGCGGCGUCUUCCUGCUCCUGGCCGUGAAGUCGGCGCCUGCGCACUACGAGCGGCGCGAGCUCAUCCGGCGCACGUGGGGGCGGGAGCGCAGCUACGAGGGGCUGCAGGUGCGCCGCCUCUUCCUGCUGGGCACCCCGGGACCCGAGGACCGGGCGCCCGCCGAGCGGCUGGCGGCGCUGGUGGCGCUGGAGGCGCGCGAGCAGGGCGACGUGCUGCAGUGGGCCUUCGCCGACACCUUCCUCAACCUCACGCUCAAGCACGUGCACCUGCUGGACUGGCUGGCGGCGCGCUGCCCGCACGCGCGCUUCCUGCUCAGCGGCGACGACGACGUGUUCGUGCACACCGCCAACGUGCUCCGCUUCCUGCGGGCGCAGCCGCCCGGCCGCCACCUGUUCUGCGGCCAGCUCAUGCAGGGCUCCGUGCCCAUCCGCGACAGCCGGAGCAAGUACUUCGUGCCCCCGCAGCUCUUCCCCGGGCCCGUCUACCCGGUGUACUGCAGCGGUGGCGGCUUCCUCCUGUCCGGCGCCACGGCCCGGGCCCUGCGCUUGGCCGCCCGCCACACCCCGCUCUUCCCCAUCGACGAUGCCUACAUGGGCAUGUGUCUGGAGCGCGCCGGCCUGGAGCCCAGCGGCCACGAGGGCAUCCGGCCCUUCGGUGUGCAGCUGCCUGGCGCGCGGCAGCCUUCCUUUGAUCCCUGUAUGUACCGCCAGCUGCUGCUGGUGCACCGCUUCGCACCCUACGAGAUGCUGCUCAUGUGGAAGGCGCUGCACAGCCCCACGCUCAGCUGUGAACGGGGACACCGGGUCUCCUGAGGCCGGGAGGGUGGCCUCAGCCCCGGGCCUCCACCCGUGACGGUGUCCGUGCUGAGAAGGCAGCUUUCCCACCCUGGGUACCUUCCGUCCUGCCCAGCUCUGUGUACCUGAAACCCUGAAAUCAGCAGGGUGUGAGGGAUGCGGGAAAUAACUGCAUCCUGGCUGCAUGUCCUGAAGUUUCGAUUUGAUUGGUCUGGGGUGACCCAAAACGUGUUAAGUGUUUUUUAAGUUCCUCCGGUGAUUCGAAUGUGCAGCUAGACCUGAGGACCACUGGGCUAGAAUGUCUGUUCAUCCUCGAAAACCCAGCUCCACCGCCCCCUCCGCAAGCCUUCCCGGGCACCUGGCUCCCACACUCGGGUCCUUGUGGGCAAUGGAACAAGGGAUACCUGGGAAUGUGGGAGCGAGGAU